AACUCUUCUUUAAAACCACCUUCACCACCUCACAAAAACACCACUCAGGCUCAUCGGCCAGUUAACAAUUUCGAGGUGUAAAGCUUAGCCCCAGCCCUUAGAGAUAGAGAGAGAGAAUGCCACUGUCUUAUUGUAUAGCAGCGAGAAAGCCCUGCGUGCGUUGGGUUGAGAAAUACUUCAAGGACUGCCUCUGCAACCUCCGCGACGACUUCUCCUUCGGUUUCGGGCUUGUCAGCUUAGUCUGUUGGGGAGUUGCAGAAAUUCCUCAGAUAAUCACCAACUUUCAGACUAAGUCAAGCCAUGGAGUCUCUCUUGCUUUUCUCCUCACUUGGGUUGCCGGGGAUGUGUUUAAUCUGGUGGGUUGUCUUCUGGAACCAGCAACUUUGCCUACCCAGUACUACACAGCUCUGCUUUACACAAUAAGCACUGUAGUGUUGGUGUUGCAGAGCGUGUACUAUGAUUACUUCUAUACAUGGUGGAAAUGUGGCAAAGUCACAGUUAACCAACUGGCACAAGAUGAAGAAGAAGAUUCCAGAAAACCAUUGAAUCCAAAGUUGGUUGAUUCAGGCGUCCCAAUACCGAGUGCUUCACCCAAAGCCACUCCUAGAAGGGAGUUCUACUAUACGUCAGCUAGAUCGAUGGCUGGUAGUGGCACUCCGCCGUUUCGAACGUAUAUGAAGGUAGCCAGAAGUGGUCCUUCUACAUUGGCAGUAGACAGUGACUCAUCUUCGGAGGACGAGUCGGCUCCAGUUACAUCCAAAAAAUCUGAUAGGACUUCCCAACCUAGGCCAAUUCCAAGAUCGGUAGGUUAUGGGGCAUUUUUAGCUACAUCACUUAACUUGCCCUUCGGAAGCAAGGGAAUGACACAAGUAUUAUGCAUAGGAAUUACUGGGAGGAAGCUAUUGCAGGAACACUCGGUGGAGCAUAGUGUUUAUGGGCAAUGGUUGGGGUGGCUGAUGGCUGCUAUAUACAUGGGCGGUCGACUACCUCAGAUUUGGUUAAACAUUAAAAGAGGGAGUGUGGAGGGCUUGAAUCCUCUAAUGUUCGUCUUUGCAUUGGUUGCAAAUGUUGCUUAUGUGGCUAGCAUACUUGUAAGAACAAUCGAGUGGGAUAACAUUAAAGCCAAUAUGCCAUGGUUGCUCGAUGCUGCAGUUUGCGUGGUGCUCGACUUAUUUAUAAUACUGCAGUACAUGUAUUACAGAUACUGGAGGAAGAGGACAUCACCACGUGAUGAGGAAGACAACAUAUACUACAAGUAACGAGACAAAGCUGUAGGUACUUGGUGGAUUGGACAUUGCGAACAGUGUAUAUGCCAACUGAAAAUCCAGAGCUCGAGUUUAGAUCGAUCAUUAUUAAUCAUAACCUUUGUAUCAUGCAUAUCCGUCCUACAACAGUACUAUUGCUUGGGGAUUUCUUCUAGAAUGAACUUUAAUUAAUUUGUAUUAUAUA